UGCAUCAAAAAAGUCUGUUUCUCUCACCUUCCUGGCCUCGAGUCUUUCUCUUGGCAAAGUGUGGCAGUAACUGGACAACUGGAUUUUGCUGCUACAUUUUAACUUUUCAAAGCAAAUACAUUGGUGAUUUGAUUGUUCAGUCAUCUUUUUUUUCCUCAAACUGGUGGUAUAAACAAGAAGUCCACUUGAAUUUACGUAUUAGAAUAUUAGAUACAACGAGGUAAUUCUCUCCAAUGUCAGCAAGAAAUGAUACGCAGCCAGAAGAGAGAUGUUGUGGACCAAAAUCGCCACGGAAUAACAAAUAGGAAAGUAAGAAUAAUGAAGCUUUCUACUUUCUUUAUACAAUCAAUGAUAAACAUUAUAGGAAAAUCUAACAACAACCCUCAAGUUAAAAUAAAAUCUGAAUGGCUGAAACUUCCUUGCUCCCGUUGCGAACUGAUAGUAGAGCCCUUGCCACCCUCUACAUGUGUGGAAAGCUGUCGUCCUGGGUUUAAGAAAGUACCUCAAGAAGGGGAGCCCAUUUGCUGCUACGACUGUCAUCGUUGUGCAGAAGGAACCAUCUCCGCCAUAGAAGAAGACCAGACAAAUCAGAAUUGGAAGAGGUCUUUGAAGCCUUGAGUCUAACAUUUUACUCAUUCCUAGUCUUGAAAUAGUCCAGUUUUGGAGGUCCCGACGACUAUUUCUCCAUGGAUUAAUGCUAAGAGAUGCUGAAAAAUGCACUGAAUGUCCUGCAGAUCAACAUCCAAACAUCAACCAAGAUGAAUGUAUACCUAAGACAGAAACUUUCCUAUCCUUUCGAGAAAAUUUGGGGAUCAGCCUAGCUUCCCUUGCCUCUUUCCUCUCUUUAGUAACAGGUUUCGUCUUGGGAAUCUUCAUUAAAUUCCGAGAAACUCCCAUCGUCAGAGCCAACAAUCGGGACCUUUCCUACAUCCUCCUCAUCUCCCUCCUGCUUUCCUUCUUGACGUUGUUCUUAUUCAUUGGCCAGCCAAGGAAAGCCACUUGUCUUCUCCAACAAACGGCCUUCAGCAACAUCUUCACAGUUGCCAUUUCUACAGUCUUGGCCAAAACAGUCACUGUGGUAUUAGCUUUCUUUGCCACAAAACCAGGGAAUAAUUUGCAGAGAUGGUUAGGGAAGACCUUGUCCAAUUCUAUCAUCCUUUCAUGUUCUGGCGUCCAAGUUCUCCUCUGCAGCAUCUGGUUGGGCACUUUUCCCCCAUUCCCUGAGUCAGACAUGCACUCACAAUCUGCAGUGAUCAUCCUUCAAUGUAAUCAAGGCUCUGUUGUCGUGUUCUACCUUGCCCUUGGCUACAUGGGCUUCCUGGCUCUCAUCUGCUUCACGGUGGCUUUUCUGGCCAGGAAUCUACCUGGGGCCUUCAAUGAGGCCAAGCUCAUCACCUUCAGCAUUCUGGUCUUCUGCACUGUCUGGAUAUCCUUCAUUCCCACCUACCUGAGCACCAAAGGGAAGUAUAUGGUGGCUGUGCAGGUCUUCUCCAUCUUGGCUUCCAGUACUGGCCUGCUAUGCUGCAUCUUCAUCCCUAAGUGCUACAUCAUUUUUUUAAAACCAGAGCUGAAUACAAAAGAAUAUUUAAUGUCAAAAUAAAAUAGUAAUUAACUUUCCAUAUCACUUUCCUCUUUAUGCCAGUUAAUAAUUCAAAGAUCUGAAUUUGUCCUUUAAAAUUCCUAAAAAUGCAUUCGUUCACAUCUGCUUUGUUUUGCAUCAUAUUAGAAACAAAUUUA